AUGCAUCUUGCUGCGUUUCAUCUCAUCCUCCCGUCCAAGGUCCAUUUCUCCUUCCUCCUGCUUGAUUCCGCGAAUCUUUCUUUUCCUUCAUCGCCCUUCCUUUGUUGCUUCUGCUUUAGUUCCGAGUUCAUUCCUCAGUUAGACGGCCAUCUCAAGAUCUUGUCUCGUCUCGUGCCUUCAACUCACAGGUCAUCUUCCCUCCACGGCUACCAACCUUCAUCUUCCAUUCCCAGUUAUUUAUUUACUGUAUACACGAGGCUUGAUACGCGGUUCACGGCACCCUGGUGUGCUAGGUGUUUUUUUCGCUUCGACGUCUUCCUAGAUCAUCGCUGUGGUUGGUCCGUGACAGGAUACGCUCCGAAGCGACUCAGCCUCCGCAGGGCAGCUUCACCAGGCCUAACCCGACCUGUUCUGAGCGCAGCUCCGUCACUGGCUCAAGGCGCACCAGCUGGUUCUAUCGCCUUACCCGCUCAUCCCGAGAUUAAGACAAGGAACUAUCUGGCAACACUUCUGAACGUGCCGGUACUUCUUGUACUGUCUCAAGGCUGGCCGUCUGUGAUCUACGGCCUGUUUGUCCUACUCGAUUCGGCUGGUCUUGUCAACCGUCAAGACGUGCACUGCACCGCACUACGCACCCCAUCCAAAAGGUCGGGCAUCAAGGGCAGCCGCGACAGCGAAGACUUUGAACCGUUCUUUUCAUCUCGGCAUGAAGAAGAAGCGGCCUCCGUGAACAUGAUGAGCACCACCUCAACCCUUCCACCUGUUUCGGCUAUGCAACCGCUGCCGCCGAUGUCCUCGAUUGCACCACCGCCACCGGUUGGAGUUGGACUUGCGACUCAAUCAUCAGUGCCUUCAGCGCCCUCGGGGCCCCCGCUUACUGCCAAGGUGCCAGCUGGUGCUGGUACGAAGCGCCUGCAACCUGCUCACACGGCAGAGUCACCGGCGAAGAAGCAGUCAAAGUGGUCUCCGGAAGAGGACGCCCUGAUCAUCGAGCUGCGAGGCAGCGGCAUGAAGUGGGAGGACAUCAGCAAACGACUACCGGGACGGAGUGCAAUCAGCUGCCGCCUUCAUUACCAAAACUAUCUGGAACGACGAAGCGAAUGGGACGAGGACAAGAAAAACAAACUCGCAAGGCUUUACGAGAGGUAUACCACGCUUUGAAGAGAUGUCCCAGUACUAGAGAUCCAAUUGCUGACGUUAGAUAACAGAUUCAAGGCCGAGAUGUGGUCCAAAGUGGCCGAGGAAAUGGCGAUUCCUUGGCGGGCUGCAGAAGCGAUGCAUUGGCAGCUGGGCGAGCAAGAGAUGGCCCGUCGAGCUGGCGUGGUCCCAUUCUCACUUUCCAGUUCAGCGAUCGAUCCCCCCACCACCAGAACACGCAGAGCGAGUACAUCCCUAUCCCGACCAAGAAAAGGCUCCGCAUCACGAUCGAUCCACCUUCCCCCUCAGCUUCCUUCGGUUCAAGAGCUCACAGCUGGCGUUCCUGCUGCUGGUGUCCCUGCAUAUGCUCCUCCACCACCAUUUCCACCUCCGAUACCGCCGCGAGAUGCC